AUGAGUGACAAUGAGACCAUGAGUACAAACACUUCUGUCACGCCGGCUGUUGACAAUUUGCAGAAUCAACAAGUAUCAUUGAGUUCACCCGUUAAAAAAAAUCGAUGUGGAGCGUUCGUUGGAAGCAAACAGAGAACAUUGGUAAUUAAUAUGUAUAAGGCCAAAAUUCAAAAACAGCCAGAUGCGAAGUUCAAUAAUUUAAUGAAAAUAAUAUCCGAAGAAAGUUGCACUGGAUACACUACAGUUUGUAAAACUGUAAGAAAUUAUAAAAACAAUAAAGAAGUGAAGUCACCCAAUAAAACAAAAAAUCGUCCAACAAUCAACGACAAAGUCGACGAUUUUGAGAAAAACGCUAUCAGGCAAAAAAUCCAUGGAUUUUGGAUUAAAAAUGAGAUUCCAACAUUAAAAAAAAUCGUUCAGGCCAUCAGUGAUGAUAUGGAGUUACCUACAAUACCCAGGACAUCUUUGCAGCGUAUUUUAAAAGAAUUGGGGUUUGAAUAUACGAAGAGAAACCGGAACAGCGCCCUGACCGAGAGAGGAGAUAUUGUGGUAUGGCGGCAAAAAUAUAUUCUAGACAUACGACGUUAUAGGAAUGAAGGUCGAACAAUAUAUUUUCUCGACGAGACAUGGGUGAAUGCGGGAGAGACUUGCAACAAGGUGUGGAUGGACAAGACAAUCAAAUCGCACAGAGAUGCUUUCCUAAAAGGACUGUCGACCGGGCCAAAAAAUCCGACAGGUAAGGGCAAGCGAUUAAUUGUUGUUCAUAUCGGCUCAGCUGAGGGUUUCGUCGAGGGUGGUCUACUGUGUUUUGAGUCAAAAAAAAACACAGCAGACUACCACGAUGAAAUGAAUGGGGACACCUUCUAUGACUGGUUUUGCGGAAUUUUGCCUAAACUGAAAGAUAAUUCCGUGAUAGUCAUGGACAAUGCUUCCUACCAUUCCGUCAAACUGGACCCCAUUCCCACAAAUGCUUGGAAAAAGGACAAAAUUGUACAAUGGUUAAGUUCCAAAGGUUGUAGUAUCGAGACGCCGAUGGUCAAACAUUUAAUGUUGGACAAGGUCAAAGAAAUUAGACAUCUUCAUGACAAAUAUGUGAUUGACGAAGAAGCAUCAAAAUCCAAUAAAAUUGUAUUGCGUUUGCCGCCUUACCAUUGUGAGUUAAACCCAAUAGAGUUGGCGUGGGCGGCUGUGAAAAAUCACGUAAAAUAUAAUAAUACAACGUUCAAGCUAAACGACGUACAAAAAUUACUGGUCGAUGGCGUCAAUCUUGUAACACCAGACAUGUGGGCCAAUUUCGUCAGACAUACCAUCAAAGAAGAAGAUAAAUUGUUCAAUAUCGAUUUCAUUACUGAAGAAUUUGAAGAAGAAGGAACAUCUCACGUAUUGACAAUUACAGGAGAUACUUCUUCCGAUUGUUCCGAUUAA